AUGCACCAUCCAGGGGAAUCUACCCCUCACGAAGCCUUCUCCUACCCCCCAUUGAGCUCUCUGCAGAUCUCGACAGGUUUCUCGUGGACUGCACCCUCCCGUAUACCGCCACAGAGCUUCGUAUGUGUCGAGAAGGACGAUACCCCAGCGCGAUCGCAAAGCGGAUCAACGGUGCUGUUGCAGACGCUAAUGCCCAGCAGCAGCGAGAAACGGAUGAGCUCUACAAUGAACUAUUUCAAAACCGAGCCAUCUGGGACAAUUAAUAUGUCAGACUCCCAUUUCGCGGCCGCUCUACCAGCCGGCACCCCUGCGAAAUCGAAGCCAAGACCGUACAAAGAGGGCCUGGCACCCCUUGCAUCAGCACAGCGCCCACACUGCCUAGCAUGCGACCGACUUCGGUUGUGGCUACCACUGAACCGCCGCUCCAUCAGGGAUAGGAACGGGUUUGAGGUGCCCGUUACAGAUGAUGACCUAGACCGCGUACUGGCGGUGAUCACAGUUUCGUGGGUGCAGUCCACACGGGAGUCAUACGGCGCUGGACUGCUCAUUUACCAUGUCUUCUGUGAUGACCGGGGCAUCACUGAGCACCAGCGGUGCCCAGCCAGUUCAAUUCUUGUGCUCACAUUCCUAUCAUGCUGCGCAGGAUCCUACUCUGGCAAGACCCUAGCAAAUUACUUUUAA